AUGUCGCGCUUCGUCUUCGGCGGCACGAACGACGAGCCCGCCGAACGGGACGAAGCAUGGCUCAAAGCGCAAGAAGAAAUCGAAGCCCGCGCGCGGGAAAAGGCGGAAAUAGGCAAACAGGAAAACGGCCAGAGUCUCUACGAGAAACUGCAAGCGAACAAAGCCGCGAAGCAGGAGCAGUUUGAAGAAUCCGCUCGGUUGAAGAACCAGUUCCGGUCGCUGGAUGAGGAUGAGGUGGAGUUUUUGGACUCGGUGUUGGAGGGGGAGAGGGUGAAGGAGGCCGCCGUGAAGAGGCAGACGAGGGAGGAGCUGGAUGCUUUUCGGAGGCAGCAGGAGGAGGCUGAGAAGGCUGCUAAGGUGGGUGGGCCUGAGGAUUCAACGGAGGCGGUGGAUGGUACGAGCUGGUCCGUGGGCAAGAAGAGGAAGAAAGGUCGGGAGGGACUGUUGCGGGGCGUGAAGCUUCGCAAGGCUUCUUCGGGGGAGAGGGCAUCGGCAGCGGCUGAGCCAGCGGCCUCUCCGUCACCACCCCAGGAGGAACAGGCCAAGGUUACGGAUGAGGUGAAACGUGGCAGCGAGACUGCUUCUCCAGCCGACAAGCCAGCCGUACCACCAAAGGCCACUUCUGGAGCUGGACUUGGGCUCGCUGCAUACUCCUCAGACGAAGAUGACUGA